GCUAGGAGCUUACCUAUGGAGCUGAGUGAGAAGGGAGGCAUGCAGAACAAUGGAUUUGUUCAAAAUGAGGAUUUUGAGGACAAGGAAACGGCCACCAGUAGCCAAGACGAAAUGCCAAAAAUGUGCAGUGUUGAUGUGGACCCGGUGGCUGUGGAGGAGACUAUGCUGAAGCCUUAUGCUGGGAUGCCAAAGGAGGUCUUGCUGCAGUUCUCCAGCCAGGCCCGCUACAGAGUGACCAGGGAGAUCCUCUUCUGGCUGGUGAUUGCUGGUGCCAUUGUGCUCGUGUGUGCUACAAUUGCCAUCAUUGCUCUCUCUCCAAAGUGCCUGGACUGGUGGCAGGCCAGUCCUAUUUAUCAGAUCUAUCCUCGCUCCUUCAGGGACAGCAACAUGGAUGGGAAUGGGGAUCUGAAAGGUAUCCAAGAAAAACUGGACCAUAUUACAUAUUUGAAUAUAAAAACCAUCUGGAUCACCUCUUUCUUUAAGUCCCCUUUAAAAGACCUUGGAUAUGGAGCUGAAGACUUCUAUGACAUUGAUCCCAUUUUUGGAUCAAUGACAGAUUUUGAGAAUCUGAUUGCAGCCAUACAUGACAAAGGGCUAAAGGUGAUAAUGGAUUUAAUACCAAACCACACAAGUGACAAACACCGGUGGUUUCAGCUGAGCCGCAAUCGGACUGGGAAAUACACGGACUACUACAUCUGGCAGGACUGCAGGCAGGCUGCUGGCUCACUCAUCCCUCCCAACAACUGGGUGAGUGUCUUUGGGAAUUCCAGCUGGGAGUUUGACGACGUGAGAGAACAAUGUUAUUUCCAUCAGUUUGGGAAGGAGCAGCCAGACUUAAAUUUUCGCAACGCUGCUGUCCAGCAGGAAAUCCAUGAUAUUAUCAAAUUUUGGCUCGGCAAAGGAGUUGAUGGACUUAGUUUUGGCACUGUUAAAUUUCUCUUAGAAGCAACACAUCUCCGGGAUGAGCCUCCAGUGAACAAGUCCCAGAAUGGAGAGAGUAUCACAGCCUAUUCCCAGCUCUACCAUGACUACACCACCACACAAGUUGGUUUGCAUGACAUCGUCCGCAGCUUCCGUCACACCAUGAAUGAGUUCAGCAGAGAGCCUGGCAGAUACAGAUUUAUGGGUUCUGAUGAUGAUGAAAAGGAAGAUAUUGAAGCAACAAUGAUGUAUUAUGGAACGACUUUUAUCCAAGAAGCAGAUUUUCCCUUCAAUUUCAACCUAAUUAACAUGAAAAAUCUAUCAGGCAACAGUAUUUCUGAAGCUGUCAACUCGUGGAUGCAAAACAUGCCUGCAGGAAAAUGGCCAAACUGGGCAGUUGGAAGCCCUAAUGCUGCUCGGAUUUCAACUCGAAUUGGGAAGGAGUACAUCAAUGUCAUGAACAUGCUGCUUUUAACCCUCCCUGGCACUCCUGUAACUUACUAUGGUGAAGAAAUAGGCAUGGAGAACAUUGCAUCAGAAAAUGCAACCCUCCCAGAGAAAUCCCCCAUGCAGUGGGAUGGAAAAGUUAAUGCUGGUUUUACUGAAGGCAACAGCAGCUGGUUACCUGUUAACUCUGACUACCAAAGUGUAAAUGUGGAGAUCCAGAGCACCUGGUCCAACUCAAGCCUGGCUCUGUACAGAGCGCUGACUCUGCUGCGGAACGAGGAGCUCCCCAUGAACCGAGGGUGGAUGUGCCACAUCUGGAAUGACAGUAACGUCUUUGUGUACGUCAGGGAGCUGGAUGGGCUGGACAGAGUCUUCAUGAUGGUGCUCAACUUUGGCCAGGAGGCAACAACAGACCUGCAGGCCAGAGUUCCUAACCUUCCCUCUGAAGCUGUAAUAAGACUCAGUACUCAUUUUAGCAAUGCUGGUAAAGUGGUCAAUACCAAACUAAUUAACACUGAAAUGGGGGAAGGCCUGGUCCUAGAAUAUACAACAGCAAAGCCUGUUCAUACUAUGGAAGCUUUUCAAGGGAAGUGUUUUGUGGCAGAAAAAGCUUGUUAUUCCAAGGUCCUCAAUUUACUCUACGUGAACUGUUAAGUAGAGGAGUAGAAUACCGGUGCUUUCAUGUUAAUUUAGAAGAUAUUAGCUUCAGGGAAAUGCUAAAAAUACUCCAU